ACUAACUAACUAACUAGAGCACGUCAGCUGCAGAAUUUACACGGAUCCUUUUUUCCACUGACGUACAUUUAAAAGUCUUCUUCUGUUGAUACGGCCUGUCCCUGUUAAACAAAGCUGGGAUGAAACGGGACUCUCGUGGGUACGUGGAGAUGAAGCGGGGGGCUGACAGGCUGCUUACUGGAACUGUGCUGGUCUGUCCUGGUGGAAAGAGCUGAGCCAGAAGGCUGAACUGUCCGGUUUACCAGCAGCUUUAUGCUCCAGCCAGAGCUGGACCAUAAGAUCACAAAUAACAUCUGGACGUUUUCUGCUGAUGAUGAGACUGAACGUAUCUGAACGAAUGAGUAACUCGCCGCUGCAGCCAGAUAAUUGGUGGUGUUUGGGUGUAAUUUAGUGAGUCAUGUUAUACGGGCCUUGCAUGUGGUGGAAACAUGGUGACUUCUCAAGCAGAAGCUUUUCUUGUGUCCUGUUGUCCUUUCAGAGUCUUCUCAGCAGUAGAAGUGGAAGAAGGAAGGUGUUGAUGAGCAGCCGCUCGGUACCCAGGAGGCUGGCUUCAGUCUUCAUCAGGAGGAAGCAGAAGCUCCACAGAUUAAAGAAGAAGAGGAGGAACUCUGCACCGUUCAUGUGGGAGAACAGCUUGUUCUGAAGCAGGAGGCCGAUGCCGUCAUGGUGACUCCUGCUCACGAGGAACAUAUUACCGGUGACUUAAAACCAAACCAGGAGCAGCUCCUUUCUCAGGUUUCUCCUGAAGAUAAGAGCCAAGACCAUCUGAAUUAUUUUAACAUGUAAUCGUGUCUGUUUUGUAAAUAUGGUGUUGAUCUUUUCAUCCGGUUUUCUGGGAGUGAACUGAAGUCCCAGGAGAGGAGGGACGUCUCAGCUCCUGGUUUUUCCCAGAUGGAGGUUUUCUGUCCCGCUUCAUGACUCCUGUCUUGGUCUGUGUUCCAGCUAAUCUGGGUGUUUCUAUUCUCAUUCGUCUUGUAAUAAAUGGAAGUGGUUUACACGAGGAGCUCCGCUGUUUUCAGACACCAGUUACGCAACAUUAAUGGCUUCAUGAGCUGAAGGGAGGGUAUUAUUUGUCAUCAGCACGUGAUGAGCCUGUAUUUGUUUCAUUUAUGAGUUUGAUGCCAAAUUACAGCCAGGCAUCUCAGGGUAGCUCAUUUUCUACCAGUCCUACCACAUCCACUGAUACACACUUUACUGAGCUCAUAUUUGUAGAGGUCAUUUAUAUUUGCAUAUGUCGCUCUGCGUAUUGUAGACACCACUAUACACGAGUCUGUUUUAUUACUUGCUGCUUAUUUUAUUCCUUUUUACUUUUACUAAUGCUGCACUAGAGCGACAUCUGCCUGCAAACCUUCCUUGUGUGUGUGUUCAUACUUGGCGAAUGAAGCUGAUUCUGAAGUUAUUACGUUGCCUUGGGAACGUUUUACAUGUUUUAUAUCUAAACAGAAAAAAGGAAACCUCACAUGGACAAAUUAGAUAUUACAGUUACUUUUAUUAAAAUAUUACAGUUAUUUUCUAUUUUAUUUUCAUAUAAACCAAAUUCAUCCUGUGGGCCAGACUGGACCCUCUGGUAGGCCCGUUUUGUUCUCCGGGCCCUAUGUUUGACACCCCUGGGUUAGGGGGACAUUUGGCUAUAAAAAAAAGUCAACAAGGGCAAUUUGCUGAAAAAGGUUUGGGAAACAGCAGCAACACAGCAGGAGAAUCAGGGCGGUGCAGGUGUGUGUGAGACCAGCAGGGGGCGGUAAUGCAGCUCUACGUUAGUUUGUCUGCCGACCAGAAGAAGCAGCAGCAGCGCUAGCAUCGUUAGCUUCGCUGUGUGGAGGUGUGUGAGCGGAGUGUGUGAGUGUGUUUCAGCAACAAUGUCUUCAGUUCAGCAUCUGAGAGAGUUUAUCAGCGCGCGACUAACUGCUGCUGCUGAAGAAAUAUUCACAGAGUUUGAAAAAACCAUCGUCCAGUACGAAGAAGAGAUCGAUCGUCAGCGCAGACUGCUGGAUGUCACCUGGAAACCUCACAUCCACCUAAACCCGAUAGAGCUCCCACAGCAUUUUACCCAUGAGGAGGAGGUUGCUCUCACCCACCAAGAGCUCUGUAACCAGGACAGAAGCUCCACCGUGGACCAAGAAGAACCAGAACCUCCACAGAUUAAAGAGGAGCAGGAGGAAAUAUGUACCAGUCCAGAGGAAGAGCAACUUGUACUGAAGGAGGAAACGGAGAGCUUCAUGAUUGCUGUUACUCAUGAGAACAGGGAGCAGAGUAAACCAGAAACCAGCAGCGAGCAGCUUCUCUUUCAGAUCUCUGCUUUAGAUGAGACUCCAGAAUGUGAAGGAAGCAACCAUGAAGACUCAGAAUCAGCUGCAGAUGGAGAGUCAGAACCAGAAAAUCAGCGUCACAGAGACAGAAGUGAUGAAAGUCACAGCAGUAAUGUGGAAAACUCUGGAACGUCAGGGAGUCUCUGUGCGCCUGGCAUGGCUAAAAAGUCUGUCAGCUGUGAUUUUUGUGGAAAAGUUUUUACGAAAGUAUGCAAAAUGAUGAGACAUCGUAGAACACACACAGGUGAGAGACCGUUUCCCUGUAAAAUCUGUGGUAAACGUUUCACAGCACAUGACAACAUGUUGGCCCACGUUCGAACCCACACCGGCAUUAAACCAUAUUCCUGUAAAAUAUGUGGUAAAAGUUUCACUCGAGGUAGCAGUUUGACUUUUCACACCAGAAUUCAUGCAGGUGAGAAGCCUUUUACCUGUAACACCUGUGGAAAGAGUUUUACUUCUCGCUGUCAGUUAACUGCUCACAUGAGAUCCCACACAGGUGAGAAGCCGUUUUCCUGUGAAACCUGUGGGAAACGUUUCUCUGAAAAUCGAAGUUUGACUGCCCACAUGAAAACACACACCGGCGAGAAGCCACACUCAUGUGAAAUUUGUUGUAAAAGCUUUGCCAGGAGACAUCAUCUGACUGUUCAUAUGAGAACGCACACAGGUGAGAGGCCGUAUUCCUGUAACACCUGUGGUAAACGUUUCACUCAGUGUGGUAGUCUGGCUGCCCACAUGAGAGCCCACACGGGUGAGAAGCCGUAUUCCUGUAAAACAUGUGGAAAAUGUUUCUCUGAAAAUCGAAGUUUGACUGCCCACAUGACGACGCACACAGGCGAGAAGCUGUAUUCUUGUGAAAUUUGUUGUAAAAGCUUUGCCAGGAGUUGUUACCUGAGUGCCCACAUGGUAACCCACACAGGUGAGAGGCCGUUUUCCUGUAAAAUAUGCGGUCAAAGUUUCGCCCAAAGAGGCAAACUGACCAUCCACAAGAAAAGCCACAUGGAUGAGACCCCGCUGCCCAACCACAUGCAAGGAAACGUUUAAAGACAUCAUUUCUAAUAAUUCGGAUUCUUUUUAUCGGCUGCAGGAAAUGAGCCUCAGAACGGUCUCCAGAUGUUUCCCCCGUUGUGGAAGCAGAGUUUUGGUAGAAUAGUUGUGCUGUGGUUUAAACAGAAAGGUGGAGAAGCAGCUCGUCAGUGUCUGUUAGAAAAGUCGCUCUUUGGUUUUUCUUCUUCUCAAAGUAACUCCACUUUUCCCCUCUGCUGUCGUUUCUCCAACACUUCACUGAACAAAGACAAGCUGCCAUCUGCUGGUUACUUCUAUAGUUUAACUCAGUGGUUCCCAAACAAAGACCAGAGCAGGUCUGCGAGGUUUGACUGUACAGAUCCUCUGUGUGGUAAAAUUAAGGCCAAACGAAGGCUGCUGGGGAUGCAUCUUCAUGGCCUCUUUUCUCCCAGAAUUCAUUGCACACAAGAUGGUGUCGAAUGAGCAACCGAGCUCAGAAGAAUAUAUUUUUUAUUAUUUUUUUUCCUACAUUUUAGUAGAAAUGUGACAAAACCAAGUACAUUAAAAACAUGUUUGUUAAUAUUCGUGGAUUUUUAAGGGGUUAAUGAAGAGUCUGGCUGGAAAACGGCAGAGCGUCAGUCUUUUACAUUAUUAUUCGGUCGCUGUUAACGUUCAUUAAGUGUUCUGAUCUGCAGACGUAGUUUCAGAGGCUUAAAUGAGUCUUCGUCCUACGUUGCUGCUAUGGGAAGUUCUUGUUGGCUAGGUGGGCUGUCCCUCGAACGUCAAGCGGACUUCGAAGUGUGCAGACCCUGAAUGGGGACACUGCUUAUAUGUUGAUGAUGACCUUUGGUUUUAUUGAAGGACUGGGCCAGGACGUUACCAUGGCAACUGUAAACGGCCAAGAUAGCACUGGUGCUAACCUAACAGGACUUUUUACAUGUUUACACAUAAAUUUAAAGUUAUACUCUGAUUAUAAUAAGGAAUAGAGGCAUCAGAAUAAAUUGUGGAGUACACACUCUGUGAUGACACAAACUGAGCCCAGUGUCACCAGUUUUUGGACUAGACCACAAACUGGUGACACUGGGCUCAAUUAAAGUUUCUCCCAAACAGGGUUCACGUUAACCCUUCAAUAUUUUCGUUGACCGGCUUUUUAAAACACUCUGAAGGCCGUCUGUCACGGCUCUGCAGCCAUCCCACUUCAGACAUUUGAUCACGCACACGCGGACACGCAGUUCAAGUCCAUGCAGACCAGGAAGAAGGUGUGAGACGGUGCGUUCAGGCCACAGCAGCUGCACCGCUCGUAUUUUAGUCCAGUUGUUUAUGUCGCAACGAAGUCCCACCGAAGUUGACUGUUUGGCGUUCCUACGUGAACUCAGUAGGCUAAGGAUCAGUCUUCCUCCAGUUGUGUAAAAUCAGAAUAACAUUUAUUUUCUUACGAACGUCCGUUUCUCUUUGUUUCCAUUAAGCAACAUUCUUCUUAAACAAAACUCAAACCCUUUGACUGAACACAGAAAAACUGUUUUGCUUCUGACAGGAUGAUUGACCUUAAAUAACCCCAGGCCACCGUAGGAUCCAGGCUGAUCACAAAAUAUUUAACACCACCCCCUGUGGUUGGGGGGAAACUUAACAAAAGAAAACAUGGCUCCAACAGUUUGAUUUCAUUGUUUAUAUGUAGCUACUGGGGCCACAGUCCCUGGUUUUUGUUACUGUAGAGAAAAAGUUCCAUGUAUUCAUCUGCUUGAUGUUUAAUGGCACGGUGUGGAUUUUCUGUUCAGUUUGUUCGGACUAAAUAUUAAUUAAAAAUGGAU